AUGGCAGAUCCAUUGUAUGAACUGUUAAUUCCUUAUUUCGAGAAAGACACUACCCGUCAACCACCAAAUUACAAAGAUCCGAGCACGAAUACAUAUCUCUCGCGUCUCACCACGCUUCCUCUCAGCUCCCUUACAACCACGGAACCACAAUCCCUUUCGCAAACGACACACUCACUCUUGAUUUCUCUCCAAGCGCUCUCCAAACGAUCGCACAAAUCUGUAAUAGAAUCUGCCACACAUCUAUCUACAUUACGAACCACCCUACCGACUCUCGCACAAUCUACAGCCUCUCUGCGAGAUGCGCUUCCCAAGCUCGACGAUGCCGCAAUUACCUUCAGCGAAACCUACAAUCUGCGCGCAGAAAACACAAAUCCCCUAUUAGACAGGCGGCGGAAAGCUCUACUGCUCUCUCGGAAUAUAGACCGUCUCUCAGACGUACUCGACCUCCCAACCCUCCUUUCGACUGCGAUAUCUUCCUCCUCAAAUACUGCUGCGUCUACGAAUUUAAAUACUAGUAACUCAAAUACGACCUUGAAUUAUGCCUCAGCUUUAGACCUCAAUGCACACAUCAAACGUCUUCAUGGCUUAUACCCGACCUCGCCGCUCAUCACGAGUGUCAGUCUCCAAGCCGAAACCGCGAUGCAGGAUAUGUGUACGAAUCUAAUCGCCAGUCUACGAGGAAACAGUCUCAAGCUAGCAAGUGCUAUGCGAACAAUAAGCUGGCUACGAAGAGUAGCGCCUGAGUUAGACCCUAUACCAACGAACACCUCCCUCAACACCAAUUCCAUAUCAUCAGGUUCGGGAACCACCAGAGAAGGCGCCCUGGGCUCUCUCUUCCUCGUCUGCCGCCUCGCAAACCUCCAACAAAUGCUCUCAGCACUCUCCCCCCUCCGCGAUCUCGCAGACCAGGAAACCGCCAAACUAGCUACCCAACCAUACACCAGCAGCAAAGAGAAAAGUAAAUGGGAAGGCGGACAACAGACGGAACGCUAUCUUAAAAAAUACAUUGAGAUCUUCCGGGAGCAAUCGUUCGCUAUAGUCAGCAUGUAUCGCUCCAUCUUCCCACCCCCAGCCAUCACGCCGGAAGGCGUGAAAUCAUUCGUGCCUCAAACGAAUGUCGAUCCGCUUCUGCCUUUACCGAGCGCCCUCGGCACGUUCCCGCAGAAGUUGGUGGGCAUGUUGGAAGAUACGUUAAGGGAGUAUCUACCUAACGUGCGCGAUCGGAGUUCGAGGGAUAGUUUGUUAACGCAGGUUCUAUAUUGUGCGGGUAGUUUGGGCAGGUUGGGCGGGGAUUUCAGUCUGAUACUUGCGUUUUUGGGGGACGGGGAUGAGGACGAGGAGGAUGACGAGUGGGUGGAGGUCAUUAGGAAACAUAGGGUGCUGGCUGGGAGGUUGGAGUUGAUGGUUGGGGCGAGGGAGGGAUGA